CUUUUGAAAUCGUAAUUAAUAUAAAAAAAAAAACAUAAUUAUUAUCCUACAGCCAAAGCGCAAAGCAGCGGAUUUUUACCUUUAUGGUACACUAAACACUUAGUAAGAAAAAUUGGUAUUUCUUUCCCCAACUUGUCCAUCGACAUAGGCCUUCUCUAAAGAUUUUCAUUUAACUCUAUCAAUGGCCAAUAAAUGAACAAAAAUUAUAUUGAAUUGGUACUAUACGUAUUAGUGUAACCAUUCUUCCAACACAAUAAUUGGAAAUUCAGUACGGGGUGAAAACUCACGGUCAAUAUAGUGAAUUUACAAUUAUUCUGUUGCCAGAGAAAGCAAGAGAGCUGUGCCCAGCUGUAGGACAUAAUAUAUUAUUAUGAACUUUGGUAUCACAGGGUAAAAAGGGUAAAAAUCAAUUUCAGUUAAAAUAAAAAUUAUGAAUUAUCAAUUCAUAUCAACAGAUGAGUUUCCAAAAACAUCAUUAAAAUAAUUUAACUUGGCUAUUUUUAUAAAGUAAGUUUCCGUCGCGAAUCCAAACGGCAAACUUCACGAAUUAGUUGCAAUGGUAAAAUCGAUUAUUAUGUCUCCUUCACUCUUAAAGGAUUUGAAUUAUUCUAUCCUGUUGUCAUUUUGACACUGAGCAUGUCAAAAGGAGUUAUGGAGUUGUCUUGUCAAUAAAUUGUCAUUGUCAAAGUUGUACUUAAGCGUCGACUGCAAAAAUUUAGAUUAUUAUAGUUUGGGCUUAUUUUGUGGAAAAUGUUAAGUUUGUGGUGUUAUUAAAAGCUUGGCUUUAAGUGUGCAACUUAAGGCCCUUUCGGAGAAUAAGAAGGACGAUUACUGUCAGCCAAGAUGUCUAAAUGGCAAUCGGAGCGCAGCAUCCACGAGAUGCUGAAGGACACGCCGCCGCUGCGCGAGUCCAGCGACUCCAUCACCUCGGGCACGGAGCCCAAGUUCCCCACGUCGCGCUCCAUGCCUUUUCCUCCAGCAUACGUACCCCCAGAUGUGUCUCAGAAUGGUGGGGCAGGCUCCAGCACCCUCCUGCGAGCCGGCUCCUCCAAGCUGGAUGCCAUCCGCAACUGGGGGGUGUCCACCUACAAGUGCACCAAACAAAUACUCUAUGAGAAGCUUGGCAAGAGCUCCCGUACCGUAGAUACUGAGCUGGAGGCGCAGAUCGAGAUGUUGCGCGAGACGCAACGCAAGUACAACGGCGUGCUGCGGCUGAGCGGCGCGCUCACGCAGCAGCUGGCCGCCGCCGCGCACACGCAGCGCGCGCUGGGCGAGGCCUUCGCCGAGCUCGCGCAGAAGUCGCCCGAGCUGCAGAACCAGUUCCUAUACAACGCGGACACGCAACGUACACUGACGCGCAAUGGCGAGACGCUACUCGCCGCGCUGCACUUCUUCAACAACUCCCUCAACACACUCACCAACAAAACCAUUGAGGACACGCUGCUCACCAUCAGACAAUAUGAAGCCGCCAGAGUGGAGUACGAUGCGUACCGCAGCGAGCUGGAGGCGGGCCGCGCGGCGCCCGAGCCCGCGCUGGCGCAGGUGGAGCGGCAGCGACGACACUACGAGCGACUGCGCGACGACUCCGCCGUCAAGCUGCGGCUGCUGCACGAAAACAGGGUGAAGGUGAUGAACAAGCAGCUACUGCUCUUCCACAAUGCGGUGUCAGCAUACUUCAGCGGUAACAACGUGGCGCUGGAGGCAGCGGUGCGGCACUUCAACAUCCACACGAGCAGCGCAGCGGGGGGCGCGCCGGCCCCGCUGGCGCGGCGGCCGUGCCCCCGCCCCUGA